AAAGAGAAGUAGCAUACAUAUUUUUUUGAUAGAAAGAAGAGGAGCAUAAUUUGAACUAUAUAUAUAUAUAUAUAACGACAUGUCGUGUUCCCUCGCCGUAUCUAUCUCUCCGGUGCCUUCACCGUCGAUGGGUCUUUUCUGUAACAAAUCUUCGUUCAUCUGUUCAUCGCCCGAAGCUUUGAAUUUAUCAUUGGCUCACAUCAAACCUUCACCUUCUCCUCCUUCACCGUCUCCUUCUUCGCCCUGUUCGCCUUUUAGGCUUCGGCUUCAAAAACCGCCGCCUGGGUCCCUGUUAUCGUCUUCUGCUUCAACGUCAACGUCUUCAAUGGAAUCGGGUUCGAGUGUAGGGCUUGGUCCUGGAUCGGGUCCGACUAUAUUGAAGAGGAAGAGACCAACAAGACUGGAUAUACCAGCGGCGACGACGGCCUUGCGUUUCGGGGUUCCGACGACUCCGUGUGAAGUUGUGAGAGAGGUGGAGAGAGAGGGAUACGGGUAUUCAGUUUAUUGCAAAAGGGGGAGAAGAGAGGCUAUGGAAGAUAGAUUUGCAGCUUCAGUUAAACUCCAAGGAGAUUCCAAACAGGCAUUUUUCGGUGUUUUUGAUGGACAUGGAGGCGUUAAGGCUGCAGAGUUUGCUGCACAGAUGUUGGGGAAGAACAUUUUAGAUGAAGUUGUUAGGAGAAGAGAUGAAACCAAUGAAAGGGAAGCUGUCAAAGCAGGAUAUUUGAGAACAGAUACCGAGUUCCUUAAGGAAAAUGUAACCGGUGGGUCGUGCUGUGUGACCGCUCUGAUAAAAAAUGGAAACCUUGUCGUAUCAAAUGCUGGUGAUUGCCGUGCUGUUCUUAGCAGGGAUGGUGCUGCUGAAGCUCUCACCUCUGAUCACCGACCGUCAAGGGAGGACGAAAGGAACAGAAUUGAGACUUGCGGUGGCUAUGUGGACUUAUGCCGCGGUGUUUGGAGGGUUCAGGGUUCUCUGGCUGUCUCCAGAGGAAUUGGAGACAAUCACCUUAAACAGUGGGUAAUAGCUGAGCCAGAGACAAAGAUCGUUAGUAUCAAACCCGACUACGAGUUCUUGAUAUUAGCCUCUGAUGGCUUAUGGGAUAAGGUUAGUAAUCAGGAAGCAGUUGACAUUGCUCGUCCUUCAUGUGUUGGCAUCAAUAAACCAAAUCCAUUGAAUGCCUGUAAAAAGCUUGUCAACCUUUCUGUUUCACGAGGCUCAUCUGAUGAUAUUAGUGUGAUGCUGGUCCAGCUUGGGCAAUAUUAAUUUACCAGUUUCUAAAUGGAAGGCCAUCAGUCCAUUUAACUCUGGCCGAGUUUCUUGAUCAUUGUUAGUAUAGGAGAAGAAGACAGAAUCUGAAAUACAAGAAUUGUACCCAUUGCAUUGACUCAGUUGUAAACUUGUUUAUAAUAUUUGAUAUUCAUUGGCCUUAGAGUUGUAAAUUCAGGACAUACUUUAUACACAAUUUUCUAAUAAUUUAUUCUGAUAGUGGCAGUUCAUUUUUUUAUA